AUGUCAACCGCGUAUAAAAAAAUUAUUUUAAUGUUUAGUAAAAACAUAAGAGUUUAUAAAUUUCAAUUAGUAGUUAUUGGUGAUAAAUCUGUUGGAAAAACGACAUUAUUAAAACGUUUUUCACCGGCAAAAGAAAGGUUUCUCUACGGGGUUCUGGGAUUGAAAUUAGAUGAUAAAACUAAAGUUCGCCUAGGACUCAUAGAUUAUACCGGUGGUGAUGAUAAUUUCGCAGAUUUUUUAUAUGAUGGUGAUUAUUUGAGACUAUUCUUAAAGCAUGAGAAAAUAAAUGGUUAUCUGUUAUUGUUUGAUGUUACAAACAAAGAUUCGCUUAAAAAUCUUCAACGAUGGCUGCAUAUAGUUUGUAUUAAGGACAAUGUUGUUAAAAUAUUAGUUGGUAAUAAAUGUGAUUUAAUCGAUGAACAACAACGACAAGUUGAACACGAAGAAGCUAAACAAUAUGCUGAUUUAUUAAAUAUUCCGUAUUUUGAAAUAAGUACACUGACGGGAGAGAAUAUGGAACAAAUGUUUAUAACAGCGGCUAGACAGCUGAUUAAUAAUGUUAAGAAGAGAAGACUGUUGUGA